UUUAAGUUUUUUUUAUUUUAUUUUAUUUUUUUUAUUAUUAAUAUUUGUGUAUUUUCAUUGUUCUUUUGUGUUUUAUCCAAGGUUUUACAGCAGUUUAUUUUAACGUUUCAAUGCAAGAUCAUUUUUAAUACAAUUUGUUAAAAUGUUACCUGCAGAAAUCCUGAUGUUCCUGUCUGACUUGAUUAAACACACUCACCUGAUCAUAAACUCCUCCCUCUUACAGCUCUUACCAGGAAGAGACUGACGUGUUAUUUCUGCUUUCUGUCACACUGACUCUCUUCUCUACUGACAAAAGCAAUAAAGAAUCAGUCAUCAGUGAAGAACCAAGAAGAACACUUUACAGAAGGAUCUUUGUGAAGUUUGUUUCUGAAUAGACAGCAGAUCUUUGUGAUUCUGGUGGUGAUUCAAUUCAAACUGUUGUUCAGAAAGUGAAAGUAAAGUUUAGAUCGCUGGAGCUCAAAGAGUGGAAAUGGCUUCACUAUCUGAAGAUGAUUUUUCUUGUCCUGUAUGUCAUGAAAUCUACAAGAAUCCUGUUCUUCUGUCAUGUAGUCACAGUUUCUGUAAAGAGUGUCUUCAACAGUUCUGGAGAACCAAGAAAACUCAGGAGUGUCCCGUCUGCAGGAGAAGAUCCUCAAGAGAAGAACCUCCAAUUAAUCUGGUGUUGAAAAACUUGUGUGAGUCGUUCCUGAAGGAGAGAAAUGAGAGGCGUUCAUCAGGAUCUGAGGAGCUCUGCAGUUUACACAGUGAGAAACUCAAACUCUUCUGUCUGGAGGACAAACAGCCGGUGUGUUUAGUGUGUAGAGAUUCAAAACUACAUGAUAAUCAUAAAUUCAGACCCAUCAGUGAAGUGGUUUCAUCAUAUAAGGAGGAGCUCAAUACAGCACUGAAAUCAUUACAGAAGAAACUUCAACACAAUGAAAACAUUAAAGGAGAGUUUGAGGAAACAGUUGAACACAUCAAGUCUCAAGCUGAGCACACAGAGCGUCAGAUUAAACAGCAGUUUGAGAAGCUUCAUCAGUUUCUCAGAGAUGAAGAAGAAGCUACAAUCACUGCACUGAGGGAGGAAGAGGAGCAGAAGAAGCAGAUGAUGAAGGAGAAGCUGGAGGAGAUGAACAGACACAUCUCAGCUCUUUCACACACAAUCAAAGACAUGGAGGAGAUGAUGAAAGCCAGUGACGUCUGCUUUCUGAAGGAGUUUCCAGUCUCAAUGGAAAGAGUCCAGAUCUCAUCACAGCCGGAUCCACAGACGCCUUCUGGAGCUUUGAUUCAUGUGCCACGUUACUUGGGCAACCUGCCCUUCAGAGUCUGGAAGAAGAUGCAGGACAUCGUCCAGAACACUCCUGUGAUUCUGGAUCCAAACACGGCUCAUCCACGUCUCCUUCUGUCUGAUGAUCUGACCAGUGUGAGAUUCAGCGGUCAUCAACCUGUUCCUGAUAAUCCAGAGAGAUUUGACUGUGAUCUCUGUGUUCUGGGUUCAGAGGGUUUUAACUCAGGAACACACUGCUGGGAUGUGGAGGUUAAACAGAGUAAAUACUGGAGUCUUGGAGUAACUACAGCAUCAAACCAGAGGAAGAGAUAUGAUUUCUAUAAGACUGGUGUCUGGUGUGUGUGGUACGGACGGUCUCCAGGUUCUGGUUUUGGUGUUAAACAGCAGCUUGACCGUGUGAGAGUGAAUCUGGACUAUGACAGAGGAAGGGUGUCAUUCUCUGAUCCUGUAACUAACACACAUCUACACACAUUCACAACCUCCUUCACUCACACACUCUUCCCUUUCUUCUGGUGUUAUUCCUCUCUGAGGAUCUUAUUGAUCAAUAGUCAGUAAUCUGUAGAUCUGGAUCUUCCUGCUUUCAUCAUGUUUCAAUAUUUAAUCCAGAUCAAUAUUUUGUGUAAAUUCAAAAAUGAAUAUGAAAAAAUUUUCUAUAUUAACAAAAAAUUAAAUAAAUAAAUAAAAAUAUAAAAUAAUGCCCUUAAUGAGUUCUUCCCUCAGUGUUAGAAGCUCUUCUCAUUCUGCGUCUCUGAGCUGAUCUCUCCGUGGCCUUCUCUCUGAACAGAUGCUCAGCGGCUCUGAAACAUGUGACUGAGAACUGAAUGAUGGACUAUAACAUCUAGAUUCAUCAUCUGAGUGUAUUUUGGUAUUUUACUCAACAGGAGUUUUUAGGAAACAGUCUCUGUGUGAAAGAAGCAGCUUAAAUGCAAGAAGUGCCAUUGAUUUUGUGUUCUUCAACAGAGCAAUGCAUAAAAAUAAAUAAAUAAAAAAACAGAUGUUACUGGUCAAAAAUCUGACUGAUGUCUAUCUUCUCAACUUCUGCAGCAGCUUCUAGGAUCUCAGGCAGCUGUUAUAUAUCACAACAAAUAAAACAAUUUACACUCAACGUGAAAACUAAUGUGCUUUAUAUUAACAUAUAAACACCUUCAUCUUGACUCUGAUUGAGACAAAAAAAGCUACAGAUUAAUAAAAUAAU